AGGGAUGCGUUUGUUCCCGAGUGCAGCCGCGGUCGAAGGGAAAACUGGGCAAAAGUAGUUCUCAAGGAUGAGCCCGGGAAGUGCCGGGGGCACCUGGUCCGGGGAAAGCAGCGGCGGCGGACAAAGAGCUAUCGCAUCCCCGGGGCCGGCGGGUCGGAGCAGCUGCCGUGCUCCCCACCUAGUGCCUGUGCGGCGUCCGAGGGGAAGGGCGGCCCGGCGGCGGUGACCGAGUCCAGGGAUUCAUAUAAUGAGGCUUUUAUUAUGGCCAGUGACCCCUUGGAAGGCUUUCAUGAAGUGAACCUCGCUUCGCCUACUACACCAGAUCUUCUUGGAGUAAAUGAGCCAGGGACUCAGGAACAAACUACCUCACCCAGUGUAAUCUACCGACCACAUCCUUCUGUUGUGUCCACACCAAUCCAACCCAACGCAUUAAAUGUUUCUGACCUUCCUACACAACCUGUUUAUUCAUCUCCCAGACAACUGAAUUGUGGAGAAGUAUCAGGUGUCAGCAUCAAUGUUACCGACGCAGUACUUUGUUCUACCUCUGGACCCCAGAGUGGGUCACUCAAUCACAGUAAUGCCAGGAAGGAGAGCAAUAACGUAGAGAGAGAGCUUUUGCAGGGUACUACAGUAGCAGAUGUUGCUGAAGGAAAUGAAGAUAUUUUUGGGUUGAGUACAGACAGUUUAUCUCACUUACGGAGCCCAUCUGUACUGGAAGUAAGAGAAAAGGGCUAUGAACGAUUGAAGGAAGAACUUGCAAAAGCUCAGAGGGAGCUGAAGUUAAAAGAUGAAGAAUGUGAAAGGCUUUCUAAAGUGCGAGAUCAACUUGGACAGGAAUUGGAAGAACUUACAGCUAGUCUGUUUGAGGAAGCGCACAAAAUGGUUAAAGAAGCAAAUGUCAAACAAGCUGCUGCAGAGAAACAGUUAAAAGAAGCACAAGGCAAGAUUGAUGUCCUCCAGGCUGAAGUAGCAGCAUUGAAAACACUAGUACUGUCUACUUCACCAACAUCUCCAACUAAGGAGUUCCAAUCUGGUGGAAGAACUCCUUUUAAGAAAGGCCAUGCAAGAAACAAGAGUACAAGCAGUGCUAUGGGUGGCAGUCAUCAGGACCUUACCAUGAUGCAGCCAAUUGUAAAAGACUGUAAAGAGGCUGACCUGUCUCUGUACAAUGACUUCAGAUCUUGGAAGGAUGAGCCUACUAUGGACAGAACAUGUCCUUUCUUGGACAAAAUUUAUCGGGAAGAUAUUUUUCCAUGUUUAACAUUCUCCAAAAGUGAGUUGGCCUCAGCUGUUCUGGAAGCUGUUGAAAACAACACUCUGAGCAUUGAACCUGUUGGCUUGCAACCUGUUCGAUUUGUGAAAGCUUCUGCAGUUGAAUGUGGGGGACCAAAGAAAUGUGCUCUCAGUGGACAAAGUAAGUCAUGCAAGCAUAGAAUCAAAUUAGGAGAUUCAAGCAGUUACUACUACAUUUCUCCUUUCUGUCGUUACAGGAUCACUUCGGUGUGUAACUUCUUUACAUAUAUUCGAUACAUCCAGCAAGGACUGUUGAAGCAGCAAGAUGUGGAUCAGAUGUUCUGGGAAGUUAUGCAGCUGAGACGAGAGAUGUCACUAGCAAAACUUGGCUAUUACAAAGAAGAGCUCUAAAACUUUUUACUCUUGCGCGUGCAUGAACUUCAUUGAAUAUACAUAACUAAAGUUACUGAACCUUU